AUGAACAGGAAAAUUAAUUCUAUCUCGAAUAUUAGUGCAUAUCCAGGACUUUAUUCCUACAUUUAUAGAGGUUAUAUUACCACAGAUAUGCUAACUAUAAAAAUAUACAAUAAAAAAGAGAAAAAAUAUACAUUAGAUUUUCUUAUAAAGUUUUUUAUAUUUUCCUUUUUAAUUUGGGUAUUACAAUGUUCUAAUAAUUGGUAUUCUUUUAGGUCGUGGAACUACAAAGAUAACUCAAAAAAUGUAUUAAAUUUAGGAGCUAAUAGAUUGUUAGCGGAAAAAAUAUAUAAGACAGGACAAGGAAAAGAAGAAUUAAAAUUAUGUGAACAACAGUGUAUUGUAGAAGCAGAAUUAGAACAAGGAAAUGGACAGAAUAAAACAGAGAAGUAUAUAAAUGCAGAACAAGAAAGUAAAAUAGAGGCAAAACAGGUAGAUAAAGAACCAAAAUAUAAUGAGAAAACAUUAGGAAAAUAUAAUAAUAUUUUAAAGGCAUGCUCGUUACAUUUUGCUUCUAUUUUAUCUUUUACUUCUUUUUUAUUAUCUAUAAUAUAUAUCCAUUAUCCUGAUAUGGAAAUUCAAAGAAUAUAUUUUCUUGGUAUUAAUUUAUCUGUUAUAAUAUUUUCAGUACUUUUAAUUAUAGAAGAAAUCAAAAUAAAACAUAAAGGAAAAUUAUAA